AUGCAAGAACCAGGAAUCAAGGACCAGGAAUCAAGGACCAGGAAUCAAGGACCAGGAAUCAAGGGCCAGGAAUCAAGGCCAGGAAUCAAGGGACAGAUUAAGGGCCAGGAAUCAAGGGCGUACAGGAAAAAUCAAGGACCAAGAAUCGAGGACCAGGAAUCAAUGGCCAGGAAUCAAUGGCCAGGAAUCAAGGCCAGAUAUCAAGGGCCAGGAAUCAAGGACCAGGAAUCAAGGGCCAGGAAUCAAGGGCCAGGAAUCAAUGGCCAGGAAUCAAUGGCCAGGAAUCAAGGGCCAGGAAUCAAGGGCCAGGAAUCAAUGGCCAGGAAUCAAGGGCCAGGAAUCAAGGACCAGGAAUCAAUGGCCAGGAAUCAAUGGCCAGGAAUCAAUGGCCAGGAAUCAAUGGCCAGGAAUCAAUGGCCAGGAAUCAAGGACCAAGAACCACACACCAAAAUAAAAGUCACAACGACAGAGAACCGAGAACAGGAAGACGAGAACCAAGAACCAAAUGAAUUAAAUGAUAAAACCGGUUCUCUUGUUACUCUGUGUCACGAGUUACUCGAGAAAUUAGCUAUAUUUUGA